AUGAAACCCUCCGUCGUGAAAGCGUUCUUGGUGGCCACCGUCCACGCGGCAUCCGCAACAGCCCGGGUCUCCUACCGAGGAACACAGGUCCUCCGCGUGCCGGUGCGCCCCGACAACGUCGACACACUGAGCCGCGCCAUUGCCGACCUUGGCCUGGGCACAUGGCAAGAUGCGCGCACUGUGGGCCGGUUUGCCGACCUUGUCGUGCCGCCCGAAGCGCAGCAGGAGUUGGUCGCGCGGCUGGGGCCCGACGCGGCAGACAAUGCGGUUGUGAUGCACGCCGACCUCGAAGCGGCCAUCGCCCAAGAGACGCGCUAUGACGCCUACGCGGCCGGCGCGCCCAAUGCGACGUGGUUCCAGUCGUUCCAUCCGUACGCGGACCACAUGCAAUUUCUGGAAGACGUGCAGGCGCGGCACCCGGACCACACCCAGCUGGUGUCGUCGGGACGGUCGCUCGACGGACGCAACCUGACCGGUCUGCGCGUCUUUGGCAGCGGCGACGGCCGGGCCCAACGGCCGGCGGUCGUCUUCCACGGCACGGUGCACGCGCGCGAGUGGAUCGCGACCAUGGUGGUGGAGUACAUUGCGUUUACGUUUGCGGAGGCGGCGGGCGCGGGCGCGGGCGUGGGCGCGGGCGCAAACGCGCGGAGCGAGGCAGAGACGGCGCAGGACCUUGCGGCGCUGCUCGAGACGUACGAUGUCUACGCCUUUCCGAUUGUCAACCCCGACGGGUUUGUCUACACGCAGACGACGGACCGGCUGUGGCGCAAGAACCGGCAAGACAAUGCGAAUUCGACGCACGCGUCGUUGUCGCCGUCGUCAAACGACGCGGCCCGGUCCACGGCGCCCUGCAUCGGCCGCGACAUCAACCGCAACUGGCCCAUGGCGUGGUCCGUCGACGGCGGCGCGUCCGCCGACCCCUGCGCCCAAGACUACCGGGGCGGAGCGCAGGCCGAUGCGCCCGAGACGGCGGCCCUCUCGUCGUGGCUGCGCGCCACGCACGCCGCGCAGUCCAUCCGCCUCUACAUGGACUACCACGCGUACGGCCAGCUGCUCAUGACGCCGUACGGCUACUCGUGCGAGCGCCAGCCGGCCAACGCGUCCGUGCUCGCCGACCUGGCCGCGGGCGCCUCCGACGCCAUCUACGGCGUGCACGGCGUCUACUUCCAGACGGGCGGCAUCUGCUCGAUGCUGUACAAGUCGACGGGCAACAGCGUCGACUACGUGCACGACGUGGUGGGCGUGCCGUACAGCUUCACGUCGGAGCUGCGGGACAUGGGCCAGACGGGGUUUGUGCUGCCGCCCGCCCAGAUCCAGCCAAGCUGUGAAGAAGCAUUCGCGGGCGUGGUCUACUUGUUGAAGCACAUUUGA